UCGCUGCGCGCCCGCUAGGUGGGCGGGUGAGGCAGCGCUGCCUGAGGCGGCGGGGCGCGGCUGGCGGUUGAGCGCCCUGAGUACGCGGCCACCACCCGCCGCCCGCAGCUCCCGGCCUACCCUGGUCCGGUCUGAGGGUCGCCAGCUGCGGAGCCACAGGCUUUCUCUGCUCGAGCCCGGGCCCCAGGGCGCGACCCUGACGGCGACAGGCAGCGCUACGUUCCCCCGGCCCGGCCGCGGUGACAUCGCCGACCCAGCCUCGCGACCCCGCCGCUGUGGUGCAACAUCGCCCGUGACCCGCAGCGCGCGGGCGGAGGACGUGUCCAGGCCCGGGCAAGCCCGGCUUGGGUUCAGCUCGACUUUCGGAGGCGUGGAGUCGGUGAGCGCCCGCGACACGGUUCCCCUGCUGGACCCACUGAGGGCAUCGAUCCGCCUUCUGCUAAAAGUCUCCAUUCACAUCAUGGAUUUUAGAGACCAGAUUGCUGCGUUCCUGGAGAUCAUGGUAACAAAUAAGGAAGUGUGCUUAAUUUCUUAUUUCUGCAAGUAGUCAUGACUAUGGAACAAAGAAAUUUUUUUAGCUAUAGCAAAAUUAAUUUUGGUCCCUUUUAUGGAAAUGCUGACUUUGUUUCAAAAUCUUGAUAGCUUUUUGCUUAAGGUAUGAUCAAGCAAAGAGCUUAUCAGGCUAGGCAAACGCUCCUUGCUGAGGAUGUCUAGAAGAGGCUCCGCCCUUCCUGCCCGGGCCCACUGGCUGCUGCUGGGUCUGGCUCUGCUCUGCAGCCUGGUGCUGUUCCUGUAUCUUCUGGAAUGUGCCCCCCAGACCGACGGAAAUGCAUCUCUUCCCGGGGUUGUCGGGGAAAGUUACGGUAAAGAGUAUUAUCAAGCCCUCUUACAGGAGCAGGAGGAACAUUAUCAAACCAGGGCAGCCAGUCUGAAACGCCAGAUUGCCCAGUUAAAGCAAGAAUUGCAAGAAAUGAGUGAGAAGAUGAGGUCACUGCAGGAGAGAAGGAACCUAGGGGCAAACAGCAUAGGCUACCACAGCAACGGCGAGCAGGCCCCUGGCGACCUCCUGGAGUUCCUCCACUCCCAGAUCGACAAGGCCGAAGUCAGCGAGGGAGCCAAACUGCCCAGUGAGUACGGAGUGGUCCCCUUCGAGAGCUUUACCUUAACGAAAGUUUUUCAGCUGGAAAUGGGACUCACCCGCCAUCCCGAAGAAAAGCCGGUUAGAAAAGACAAGCGAGACGAAUUGGUAGAAGUUAUUGAAGCUGGAUUGGAAGUCCUUAAUAAUCCUGAUGAAGAGGACGAGCAGGAAGAUGAGGAGGGUCCCCUUGGAGAGAAACUGAUAUUUAAUGAAAAUGACUUCGUAGAAGGUUACUAUCGCACCGAGAGAGAUAAAGGCACUCAGUAUGAGCUCUUUUUCAAGAAGGCAGAGCUGAUGGAGUACAGGCACGUGACACUCUUCCGGCCUUUCGGGCCGCUCAUGAAGGUGAAGAGCGAAGCGGUUGACAUCAGCAGGGCCACCAUCAACAUCAUCGUGCCCCUGGCGCAGAGAACAGAAGCGUUCACGCAGUUCAUGCAGAACUUCAGGGAUGUUUGCAUUCAUCAGGACAAGAGGGUUCACCUCACAGUGGUGUACUUUGGUAAAGAAGGACUGUCUGAAGUCAAAUCUAUCCUAGAAUCUGUCUCAAGUGAGUCUAACUUUCACAACUACACCUUGGUGUCACUGAACGAAGAAUUUAAUCGUGGACGAGGACUAAAUGUGGGUGCCCGAGCUUGGGACAAGGGCGAGGUCUUGAUGUUUUUCUGUGAUGUUGAUAUAUAUUUCUCAGCCGAGUUCCUUAACAGCUGCCGGUUAAAUGCUGAGCCAGGUAGAAAGCUGUUUUACCCUGUGGUGUUCAGCCUUUACAACCCUGCCAUCGUCUAUGCCAAUCAGGAUGCCCCCCCUCCCGUGGAGCAGCAGCUGGUUCAUAAAAAGGAUUCUGGUUUUUGGCGAGAUUUUGGCUUUGGAAUGACUUGUCAGUAUCAAUCAGAUUUCCUGUCUAUUGGUGGGUUCGACAUGGAAGUGAAGGGCUGGGGUGGAGAAGAUGUCCACCUGUACCGGAAGUACUUGCACAGCGACCUGAUUGUGGUCCGGACCCCGGUUCCCGGUCUGUUCCACCUGUGGCACGAGAAGCACUGUGCCGAUGAGCUGACGCCGGAGCAGUACCGCAUGUGCAUCCAGUCCAAGGCCAUGAGCGAGGCCUCACACUCCCACCUGGGCAUGAUGGUCUUCCGGGAGGAGAUCGAGAUGCACCUGCACAAGCAGGCCUACCGGACGAACAGCGAGGCCGCCGGCUAGCACUCAAGGCGAGUGGCGUGCAGUCUGACCACAAGCCCACAGUGUUCGUGUGGCCUUAAUUCCUCUUCUAGAAGCCAGGCCUGUCCUGAGGAGAUGUGUUUCUCACACUCAUUCUGAUGUUUCUGCAGUUAACCAAGUUACGAGAAGGAAAAGUGAGUGUUUGAGGGCAGAGCCUGCUUUGUGACAUACUACAUGGUGGAGCAGUCACAAAAGGAAACCAGUGUUUGCCCUACAAGUGCUUGGGGGAUUAUGUAGCAUCAGACAGCGUGGCAGGUGCAGGACGGCAGGCUGGCCUGGAGCACAGAGGCUUCCUGUGGGCACAGGCAGCUGUGCCAUCUGCUGACCAGCACAGCAGUCAGCCUGCCUCCCUUUCAGAUGAGAGCUUUGUUUAUAGCUUGCGGAAGCAGUGUGGAAUGAAGCACUGCAUCUGAAAUCCCACUGGUCGACAGAACUUAGAAAGAAACCCCGCAACAUCCUGUUGCUUAGCCCCCAGAGGUCUAUUCCUAAGCAGACGGGGAACGUACAAAGUAGGUUAGAACAUGAAGUAUAUCGCCGUGUUCUGGAUCAGUAGCGUUGCUGUCAGCUGCUUUGAGUGAAAGAAGUAAAUAUGGAAAUUUUUUUUUGUUGUUAUUUUUUUUUAAGACAGGUUUCAUUGUGCAGGUCAGGUGGUCUCAAACUUACUUUACAGCCUAGAUUGUCCUCAAACUUGCAGUGAUCCUCCUGCCUCGGCCUCCCGAGUGCUGGGAUAACACUGGGAUAACAGGCAUGCACCGCAUGCCUGGCUUGGGAACAUUUUUAACAGAGCAUUUUAUAUAUUGGCGUGCAGGCUGCCAGCCAUGUCCCGAGUAGCAGUUCUAUAAGCUGGACACAAGGGUUUGGUUUCUGCUUUGUCUUUCCUCAGGCAUGGAUACAUUUAUAUUAUUAUCCUUUGUUUUCUGAUAUGCUGACGUUCGCUACAUCUGUAUUUACAUUGCUAUAAUACUUUGAGUGGAAAGAGAAUUUCUCUAAAGGAGAAAACCAAAUGAGGUAUAAGAUCAGCCUGGUAGAAGAGCAAGGCUGGUGUUCCAACAGAAAGGAGAAUGGCAGCGGCUCUAAGGAAACGCAUCAGAGGCAAACGAUGUUUUACUCAAGUCUGACACCAGAGGGAGAAGAUGAGUGAGCAGCGGUGCUCAGACCAGACGGAGCCACAGGUCCAUCACACGCGGCAGCCAGCCCUUUACCACUGGGGCAUUGGCUGCAUCCAGAGCUGGGAGAAGAGUUGAAAGACCUAAGCUUUGUAACCUUUGCCUUUAAGAUGCCCCAGUGUUUGUAUAUAAACCCCAAAUUCACAGGAGAGGCACAGUCACUUGUGUAUCUGAAAUCUUGCAGAUUGCAAUUUCCAGGUGCUACAUGAGUCCAAUUUUACAGUGACUAACUGUUCGUACAAAUUUUAGGUUAGGGGAGUAUUUCUUAGGUUACGUGAAAGCUCUCUCCAAAGUGAGGCAGGCCAUUGUCUCCUUUUAUAUGCAGCUAUUUAUUAUGAAGACCACUGAAUUAUGGUAUUAAACUGAGAGAAUUAAGUUAUUUGUAACAGCUGCCACUUGCCUUCGUGGGAGAAUCAGAUGGUUUUUCCGUUACUCUUAUUUUUUUAAACUGGUUUAUAAUCUAAAGAUGGAAGCUAAGCAGUGGAACCGUCACUAUGUUGUGACAUUAAAUGGUACUAAUAAAGUAUUUUAUUACUAAGUAUUAAAUAACAUGGUAAAUUAACUUAUGUUAUAAAGUCUCAUAAUUCCAAAAAUGUGUGUUAUAUACCAUUAUGUACUUAAUAAUAAAGCAAACCCCAGAGCCCCACCCCCCAGGUGGACAUAUUGGCUUCCCGGUGCUGGGCCCUGGGCACCCUUCCACACUGCCAACGUAGCUGACUGUGGUGUUCCCACUUGUUUCUCCUCAUAUUUUCCAAUGGCAUGUGUAUCUUUGCCCGAUAUACUGUUUCAUUUUGCCCAGUCUAGAAUAUAAAGUAUUAUAUAUAUAUAUAUAUAUAUAUAUAUGUAUAUACGUAUAUGUAUACAUAUAUAUAAUUUCAUUAUAUGUCCUCUUACUCAGUAUUGUUUUCGGAGUUUAUCCAUUGUUAAUCUUGAAAUUCACUUCUAUUACUGUUAGUUCAGUGAUACUCUAUUACGAGUAUACCGUGAUACUUUCAAAUUCUAUUUUAUUGAUAAAUGUCUGUGGUGUUUCCAGUUCUGCGUUACUUCGUUGUCUGCAGUCUGACUGUUGCGCGUCUCACCUUGCAGCCCUGGCCAUGCAGGUUUCGUCAGAGCUGUUGAUUCCUGCCAGAGAGUGGGCGGUAGAGAUGAACUGUAGUCAUGAUUUGCAUUUCCAGCCUCUUUGCCCAUGCAGGUCCCAGGAAUUCCUUACACUCUCCUACAGCAGUUCUCCUUGGGUAAAUGUUUGCAGGUAUCUCCCAGGAUGUGAUUCGUCUCUUUCCAUUCUGCUGGUAUUUUUUGAUGAACAAAAGUUAAUGUGGAAAAAAAAAAGUUAAUGUGGGUUUUCUUAUUCCCUUGUGAUACCUUCUUUUUAAAAUAAAGUUUAUUUUUGGAACAGUU